UUAUGAUAACAGUCAGAGGGGGAGAUAUAAAGAAGUUCAUACUAUCGGGCAAUAGUACUCCACUUUAGAGAGUAUAUGUUCGAAUGUUAUACAAUGUAUACCGCAUGGUUUUAGUAUUCUUUGCAUCCUCGUCGCGAGUGGACUGUUCAGAAUAAAGGUGGAAAACCUGCAAUUGCAGAUUUCACAGGACUCGUUACGUAGAAUAAUAUUAGAAUGCCCAAGGUAAACACAAACGAAGGCGAAGUCAAGAAAUGGACGGGUGUUGCACUGGAAGGAACCAAAGCUGGAACUGCUAUGCAAACAAGAUUCAAGCUGAUUCCCGACCAUCAUUUGAACAAAGAGACAGUUGCGGGUAUUCGUGAUAUGAACCUGGGAAGAGUUAGACCGAAUGGCGUCAAAACAGGUCGUCCUACCAUACGCUUCGAUACUGGACAAAACACAGGAGUUAAUCCACAUAUCAACUUUGAUCCACGCGGACAUCCUAGCUAUAAAAACCCGCAUGUAGAAGUUCCCGGCGGUGUGGUAGAAGGUGCUCAGAUUGUGAGCAAAACAUUGAAAUACUGUGGAAUCGCACUAACAGUGGCCGCUAUCGCGAUCGACACUUGGCGGUUAGGAAGCGCCUUCAAAGAUGACUUAUACAUCCGAGAUAAUGCGAACGAAAUAAUCGCCGAACUAGAGGAAGCUAUUCGGAAACUGUCGAAACAACUGGAAGCUUCGAUUAGUUAUAAAGAGAGGCAAGAAAUAAGACGAACUAUCGAGGAACUCAGAAAAGUCCUAACUGAUGUGAAGCGAACGAGAAAAGUUCCGGUUAAAUCAAUCAAAACAGCAUCAUCCAUUGCGGGCGGUUGGUCGGCAGGUUUGGCGGGUGGUGCCGGCGGCGCAUGGGCAGGUGCUCAAGCUGGAGCUGCGAUAGGUACAUUCUUUGGGCCUAUUGGUACCGUGGUUGGUGGUCCCAUCGGAGCAGUAGUCGGCGGAAUUUCAGCCGCAAUUGCAGCUGGAGCAGCGGGUAGCGCGGUUGGAACUGAACUGGCUGAGCAAGGUUUGAAACUAGCGGAUUAAUCAGAAGCACAUAAAUAUGAUGAUAUGAUAAAUAUGAUGAUGCAUACGAGCGAGUA